AUGCUACGAGAGCUUCAGAAACAGAAAAUAAAAAACUUUCUAUUACUACCAGCCAAUCCCUGGAAGGUUUUGGUCAUUGAUGAGCACACACAGCAAAUUCUUUCUCCUCUCAUGAGGGUCAAUGAGCUGAGGGAGUGUGGAAUAACAGUUCAUUUCCUUACAUCACAGAAGAGGCAUCCAAUCAGCAACACCCCAGCCGUGUACUUUGUUUCAAGCGCAAGUGGGAUUGCAGAGGAUGUGCUUGCACAGCUGUACUCCGAGUUCUACUUGAACUUUUCAGCAAGUGUAGGAAGGAGGGAGAUUGAGCAGCUGGGGUUUUUGCUGUCUGAAAAGGGAUAUGGAUUGAGAGUAAAGUCGGUGUAUGACCAGUUUAUUGACUUUGUUGCAUUGCAGGAAGACAUGUUUACGUUUGGGAUGUGCAACAGCUUUGCGAGCAUGGCUGAUCCGGAGACAUUAAGGAAGAUUGUGGGAUGCCUAAUGAGUGUCUUUGUGACGCUGGGAGAGGUUCCGUUUGUUGUAUCUAAGGACGAUGAUGUCUCGAUGCAGAUUGGCAAGAUGCUUGAAUCGAAGAUACGCAACACAAAGGUGAUCAAGAAGACAGCGAAGAGGCCCUUGCUGAUAGUGGUCAACAGGAACUACGAUGUGAUUACGCCUGUACAGCAUGUAUGGAGCUACAAUGCACUGAUGUGCGAUCUUCUGGAGCUUGGCGCGAAUAAGGUUUCGAUGAGUGGCAAAAGGACGUUUGAUCUGGAUCCGCAGGACGGCCUGUGGAGGAAAUGCGGCAAUGAAUAUUUUCCUGUGGUUGUGGAGAGUGUUGAGAAAGAGCUGCUUGAGUACAAGAAGGAGAUGGCCCUGAGGAGUGUGGAUGAAAGGACAGACAAGAAGACAAUACAAGAGGUUCUUGAGAAGGCACCCGAGCUUGCGAAGCGAAGCGAGUCUGUAAAUGCACACAUUUCAAUAUGCUCUGAAAUGGUGGAGAUUAUAAAGGAAAGAUCAAUCGAUGACUUCUACAAGGUUGAGAAGGGCGGAUACACCACGCAGGAGCUGGUGGAUGUUUGUGAAAAGGGCAGUGAUGAGGACAUCCUACGGCUUGCAAUUGUGCUGCUUGGCACAAAAGAUGCGGAUCUUGUUGAUCCAUUGCUUAAGAAAAGAAAGAUAAAGUCGAAUGCAAUCGAUUUCUUCAGGAAGCAGAAGGGAGGUGCCACAGACAAGGCAGGUACGCUGUAUUCACAGGUUGUUACAAACCUCAUGGGUAAUGUCAAAAAGCUCCUGCCGGUGAAGGAGCAGACGCCUGUAUCGUCUCUUGUUGAGAUGAUUCAUGGAUCUAUCAAGUCUCAGGAUUACUCAAGCAUGAAGGUCUUCGACCCUGCUGGAUCAAACACAAUAUAUCCAAGUGAGGUUUCAAAGGUGGUGGCUUUCUGUGUGGGAGGAGGCACAUACACCGAGCUUAAGGCAUUGAAACUUGCUGAAGAGAGGUUGGGCAUACCUGUUAUAUAUGGGUGUACUGAGGUUCUGAAUGCAGGCAUGUUCCUUAAGCAGAUCGAGAGAUUGCUUGAGCAAGAUUAA